UCCCUUCAAUCCGACACAUUCUCCUCAUCAGUUUACCGAUCAUGGCGAUCAGAUUCUUAUGGAUAGAGCCACCGAGCCUUGUGACUUAAUGGUGUUCUCCAUGUCUUGAAUGACAACACCAUCACUGUUAGACAUGCUUCUACUCCGUCGAUUAACAGGUUCAACUCAGGUCAGCCAUCAAUAAGUGACAUGGUACUUGCUAGGAUCAAAUCAGUAGGUACCAAAUUUCGGGUAGUACCCGACAUCCCUAGGUGGCUAGCUACUGGCUACCAGAGCAUACUAGAACUAGGCCGUCAGCUCCAGUCUAGUUUGCGUGUAUCUCUGGCCUUGCUUGCAAAGGUAGGUUGUCGACGCUGGACCAAAUCGCCUCUUGGUAUGUUGGUAUGUUGGUCUGCAGAACGAACCCUCCAUCUGACCUCAUGUUCCGUGAAAAAUCUUCCAUGCUACUCGGUAAUGUUCUGCCGUUGAUGCACGGCAUAGAUGUGCCGAUCGCGGGAUCUUACACUUUAGAUCAGCUGCCAUCGUCAUGUGAACAAAGUACCGAACGAAGCACAGAACGAAGCUUCCCUUGGCUUGUACUGAAAAGUGUACCCAAGACGUUUGUCACAAAUAUGCAUUUGAUAGAGCACAACAAUAAUGAAAAGUUACGCAAAUAAAUUGGUCUUUUGAAAAGCAAAGAAACGAUGCCCUGCGCUCAAGUGCCAGUUAGAUUUACA